AUGGGAUCAAUCAACGCUUCCGAGAAUCCCUCAAAAUUUAUUUUGACAGCUGAGGCUCUAAACAAUGCGCUGUCUGAAAUGCAUAUGGCCACAAGAGCCAUCCAUGCCGAUGAUUUCGUCAGCCCGCACCGGGCCAUUGCCCCUGGCAUGCAUACCGCGGUAAACUUCCGCUAUGCACGCGAUCCAGAUGAGCUGGUGCCAGAAGAGAAUAAGGAUCCAAAUGCGCCUUAUGAUUCCCACAUAUAUUCCCGCUACACAGCACCCAACUCCAAUCGCUUGGAGAUCUUGCUACGCAGCCUCAUGGGCGGCGAAGCGAUCACGUACUCGACCGGGCUGUCGGCCUUUCACGCGAUGCUUAUCCUCCUCAACCCCAAGCGAAUCUUCAUUGGCGACGGAUACCAUGGAUGCCAUAGUGUUGUGGACAUUAUCAAGCGACUGACAGGCAUCCAAAAACUGGAUCUGACACAGAUCGACCAAGCCGGUCCGGGGGAUAUCAUCCACGUGGAAACACCACUCAACCCGACCGGCGAGGCGCGCAACCUUGCAUAUUAUCGUGCCAAAGCCAGCGAGAAGGGGGCCUACCUGACCGUGGACUCCACCUUUGCUCCGCCCCCGCUACAGAACCCCUUGGACUUUGGGGCUGACAUUGUCAUGCACAGUGGAACUAAGUAUGUGGGUGGCCACUCCGAUAUGCUUUGUGGGAUCUUGGUCGUCCAUCCAGAUCGAGUUAAGGAAGGAUGGUUGAAAACGCUCCGGACAGAUCGCCAAUACAUCGGGAGCGUUAUGGGGAGCUUCGAGGGCUGGUUGGGGAUCCGGUCCGCUCGCACCAUGCAGCUUCGCGUAACGAGACAGGCUCAGACGGCGGAAAAGCUCGCUGCGUGGCUACAGGAGCAGCUGAAAGUGGCAGCGUCUCCUGUUGCAAAGAUUCUGACCCAUGUCCAACACGCAUCGCUGCAGAAAGAUGACUUGAAGGAUGGAUGGCUCCAGAAGCAGAUGCCUGGAGGCUUUGGUCCCGUUUUCGCCGUUUCGACGAAGAACCGGGAGCAUGCACGUCGGCUGCCUAGUAGGAUGUUUGUCUUCCAGCACGCAACUAGUCUUGGAGGGGUGGAAAGUCUGAUGGAGUGGCGGGCGAUGAGUGAUGCGCGAUGCGACCACAGGUUGUUGCGGAUCAGUUGCGGCAUUGAAGAGUUUGACGAUUUAAAGGCUGAUAUCCUGCAAGGGUUGGAAUCGCUGUUACGGGAUUUUCCUUAA